CAGGUUUCUAGCAAUAAACAUGCUUACUGAUUUUGCUGAGAAAUUAUGUCAACUUUAAGAGCCUUGUUACAUAUUUGCGCAGGAGAAAGUUUUGAUGAGUCGAUAGCUUGGACUAAACCUUUGAGAAUAUUUCUUUAUACUGUGGCAUCAUAAAUCUGCCUGGGUUCCCUUUGACAGAAUUCAGCAUGCAGUGAGCAGAUUAUAUUUCCUUUAUAUAAAUAGAACAAGCAGGUCAGCAUUACUUAGAGUUAAAAGUAUCCUGGGUUUACAGGCUAAUUCUCUCUAGAGAAAUUAAAGACCCUUUUUACGCAGACUAUAAACGUACACAUUUGGCCAUUGAAAACAAGCGUGAUAUAAUAAUCCCACAUAGAAAACAUGGAAGAAACAAUGACAUGGACUGGAACUGGUAAGCUAAUGAAGAAAGCUUUUUUGGAGGCUUUGCAAUUAAACGACUAUAGAACUCUGGAGGAGUUUUUGAAUCAAAAGAAAAUAGAGGUGGACACAGUGUUUGAAGUGGAAGAUGAGAAUCUGGUUUUGGCCUCCUACAAGCAAGGGUAUUGGCUGCCUAGCUAUAAAUUGCAACAUUCCUGGGCAACUGGACUACAUUUAUCUGUUAUGUACGGCCAUCUGGAGAGCCUGAGGGUCCUGUUGAAGCACAAAGCAACAAUCAACUGCCGACCCAAUGGAAAAGCAGCAAUCCACAUAGCAUGCGAAGUAGCUAAUCUGGAUUGUGUCAAGAUACUUUGUAGCCACGGAGCAAAAACCAACUGCUAUUCACUGAGUGGGCUUGCGCCCCUGCAUUAUUGUACGACAAAGCUGUCCAUUACUUGCGCACAACAGUUAAUCUGGAGAGGAGCAGAUGUGAAUAUAAGAACAAAUGAUCAAGAGGAAGAAACUCCCCUUCACACAGCUGCACGUUGUGGUAUCCCUGAAAUGGUGGCCUUCUAUGUAGAACAAGGAGCUGUGGUUGAUUGUGCAAAUGCCCACAGAGAAACCCCACUGGCCUGUGCAGCAUACUGGGCUCUUAAUGUUAAGGAACAGACCUACAGCACAGAUCACCAUCUGAUCUGUAGGAUGCUGCUUGACUAUAAAGCUGAUGUCAGUUCGCGCGAUGAGGAUUUCAGAACUCCCCUCCACAAGGCUGCCUGGAACUGUGAUCAUGUACUCUUGGACAUGCUGCUUGAGGCAGGAGCUGAGGCCAACCUUAUAGAUGACAAUGGGUGUGCUUCCUUGCAAUAUGUCCUGAAAGUGACAAGUGUGCGGCCUGGUGCCCAGCCAGAAUGUUGCUUUCAGCUGCUUCUCAAUCACGGAGCUGCCAGGAUAUAUCCUUUACAAUUCCAUAAGCAGGUUUUGCAGGCCUGUUGCUCUUAUCCCAGAGCAGUUGAGGUUAUUGUGAAUACAUAUGAACAUGUGAAGUCCACAGCAAAAUGGAGAGCAGCUAUACCUGAUGAUGUCUUUGAGAUGUAUAAAGAUUUCUACAAAUCUCUCUUCGAGGUCUGUGAAAAUACACCAAGAUCACUGAAACAUUUGGCCAGAUGUGCUAUUCGAAGAAUAUUGUGCAAUCGAUGCCACAAAAGGAUCCCUUUACUCUUCAUUCCAGUGACACUGAAGAAGUAUUUGCUCUUAGAACCAGAAGGGAUAAUAUACUAAGCUUAUUCAGUAACCUGAUUUUGUAAAAGUGGGGUGCACUCCCAUGGAAGAAGUUAACAUCAAGGGUUCAGUGGUAUCACCCAGAACAAGAGUUCUGGGUUCAUAUUAUAGCUAAGGAUCCCACAAAGUUCUCAAAUCUACUGGGGUCUGAACCCAGUGCUGUUUCAUAAUGCAUUUCACCCCCAGCUUGAAUCUGAAGGAAUAUACAUGGAUUGCUGGAAAAGAAUUAGGUCAACUUUUCCAUCUGCUUUCAAAUCUAAAUAAUGACUGAGCUAUGAAUAUUAGUGCUUUGAACCGUGUGGCUUUCAAUGAUCCAUACAAGACAUGUGAUAAAUUAAAAUACCAUUAUUUUAUUAUAAUCUUUGGAAUCCUAUAUAGUAAUAAACCACCUCAUUUUCUAAGAGUGGAUCCUUAUGUAGCCAAAACAGCACCAUUCAUGCACAAGAGGGAGGUAUCAGCAGGUUCAAGGCAACCCUCAAGUUUACAAAAUAUAUUUUUGGGGGGAGGGGAAGCACUAAGGAGGGGACCCCCCCAAAAAAACAGCCCAGUGUUAAGUGGCCACAGAAUAAUGGCUAACUGUUAGGGUGGUGGUGCAAUGGGAAACCAUGGGUUAGAAAAUGGAAUGGAGUAUCUUGAAAGAGGCAUGACUGGCUGGAACCCUGAGCAGAAGCAUUGUACACUGCAACAUUUUGUUGCACGUACCACUUCUUAAGAAAUACUCCCAAUGCAGACAUCUUAUAGCUAAUCAGAGCUAUUCUUUCUUUAUAAGAACUUGUUGAUUGGUAUAUCAGUACUGUCAUUUGGUGAACUUGAUCUCUUCAGCUGUCCUAAGAUGACUGUUUUAAAACCAAAACCUUCUAAUGUUUUAAUGAUUCUUUUUAUACUUCAGUAAAGCUGCAUCAUACUCUCAUGCAGAACUGGGGAAUAUUUACUGCACAUUUUACUUAUAUGGGAUUGUUUCCUACCAUUUAAUGUAAUCUAUUGGUUGAUAUAGUUCAGUCAGCACCAUUCAAUCAUUUCUUAGAAAUCUAAGAAUGGAAAAUUAAAAAAUGAUCACCCCUGGUUACAUUCCCGCCCCAAACAACAGAGGUGGUGCUUUCCAUCCAGACUGCCUUUGCUUGGUAAUACCUUGGUCAUGGUUUACUACGCUAUUUGUCCAUAGAGCCCAAUCUUGUGGUGAGAGACAAGUACAAUUGUGUCCUCACUACUUCAUGUUUUCAUUUUAUAUAGUAGAGCAGGUGUUGGGAAACCUUUUGUCCUCCAGAUGUUGUUGAACUACAACUCCCAUCAUCCUGGCCAUUGGACACGCUUGUUGGGGCUGACGGGAGCUGUAGUUCAGCAAAAUCUGGAAAGCCAAAUGUUCCCCACCCCUGUGGUAGAGGUUGCCUUCUGACAUGGCUGAUGGUUCCCAAUAGCUCUUUUGUAUCAUAUAGUGACUUGGCAUGCAGUGACCCACCCUACUGUCACAAAGAAACACUGAAGGCACAUUUUCCACACAGGUGAUACCAUAUGUUGUCUCCAGUAAUGGUAUCCUAAGUAACACAUUUGUGAAAUAAUUUUCUGAGACUCUUGAUCUCUGGCUUUGAGAUACAUGGCUAGUUGGGCUGAUUGUGAUAGGCUUGAUAAGAUAAUUGAUUCUCUGUAAUAUCUUACGUUGGACACUUUCAUGAAAAUGUUGGAGACAAAUUCACUAGACACGUUAAGGAGAAGAUAUUCUACAUCAGUGUAAGUGGCUGGAGUAUACACUGUAAGCCAAGGAUGAGGAACCUGUGGUCCUUCAGACUCCCAACAGCCAAAUUCAGGAUACCAAUGGUCAGGGAUGAUGGGAGUUGUGGUCCAACAACUUCUGAAGGGCCACAGGUUCCCCAUCCCUGGUAUAAGCCAUUGUAGUCCUUCCAGGGCUGUGAUUUAUUGUGUCUGCUUGCAUUAUGAAGUAAAUCCUUAACGUGUUUAUAAAUGAACAGCAGCACUUUCUGGAAGAGAUGAAUUAUUGAAUUAUUUUAAUAGAAAAUUGGUAUGUGUAAUCUAAUCGCUUCACAUAUUAUGGAAAUCCUUGUCUGUGGUCCCUGUAACAAAUAGGAAUGCCCACCUAUACACAAAUUUUGGACUGAAGCAUACUUAGAAAUUUCUCACAUAUUUGACGGCACUGUGGACAUGUCUCCUCAGCUUUUCUUACUGAACCAAUGGGACACUCAGAUGAAAACUGUCCAUGCAAAAGAGCUUCUGACAUGGUUGUUGGUGGGUGCCAGACUUUCUACAGUGCAAAAGUGGAAGACAAUGCAGGAUUUAAAUACUGUAUACAGUUAUGGUACAAAACCCUAUGGAAUUUGGCUACAUCAGAAAAAAAAAAUAACUAAUGAUUUGAAGAUCUCUGGUGGAUUGGAGAUUCCAGAAAAUUUCUAUGGGGUCUGGUGGUGCUUUAUUUCAUACACUGCUGUCAAUAACACCCAAUAUUCUCUACCUACACUGAUGUGAGAAGUUCGGAUGUUGAAAUUACUUUCUUUUUCUGUGCUAAGUUUAUAUUCUGGCAUGGUACCCCAGGUUUUUUCUCUUUUAGUUGUUUUGUGUUGAUUCUAUUAUGGUUUUUGUGUUAUAUGAGCAUAUGAUUAAUAAAACCAUUUUUUUUUUAAAGGGCCAGUUUCCUUGUCACAUUUCAUGGAGUUCACUGCAAAAACAUGGCAAAUAAUAUGCAUAUGCAACUAGUCCAUAAUGGUGAAAGCUGCCCUAAAACAAGAAGAUUAAAGGAAGGUGCCUGCCACUGAGAUGAAUCUCCUACUGGGAACAGGACAAAGAUAGGGAGGAGUCAUAUUUAAAAUCUGAAUGUAUAAUUCUAUACUUUGAUUUUGACAGAGUGUGCAUUUGGGAAAGGGAGAACAAAAAGGCUAUUUGGAUCUGUCACUGUAGCUAAGGCUUCCAUGCUGUGAGCGAAGAAAAAAAGCUUGUCACUGCUACUCCUAAAUGCCCUCCCAUUUUUGUAGCCCUCCUCUUCUUUUUAUUCUAUGGGCAUCUAGCCUUACUUCAAAGUUUUGUUCUAAGCAGGUGCUAGAUUAUACCCAUUGUGGCGUCUGACAGGGAGCCCAGCAGGAUCACACUGAUUAUAGGGGUAAGAAUUUGCACGCUGUUCAAAAUGCUGGAGCACAUCAAUGUCAGAACAAAACUGGCUUGUGCCCUUUUAUUGCCUCUCUUCAUCUGUGGUGAAAGGCCAGUAGGAAAUAAAACCCUCUGACUUUUGUGGUGGUGGUGGUGGUUGCUCUGGACAAAUUUCAUUGUGCUGCCUUGAUUUCCCAAUUCCUGUGUUUGACAGAACUCGCCAAGAACUUGGACAUGUAAAAUGUGGAUUGCGUGACACGACCGUUGCAAAUGCAAAUAUGCAAAAUGCUUACAACAACCUCUGCCAUCCAGCAUUUUGUCACACAACACACUUGCCGGUAUUGUCACACUCUUGCACAAUAACAAAAUGAGCUGCCUCACCAAAGCCUAGGGGCUGUAUUCAGCUCAAUCCUAUUCAGAGUAAGUCCACUGAAAUUAAUGAACCUAAGUUAGUCAAUGGGUGUUCUUUGAGUAGGACUAACACUAAAUACCACCCAUGGAAUAAAUAUGGCCCUGAAGAAAAACUCUGUACAGCUUGAAAGUUCGCAGAAAUGUUUACCCAAAGGAAUUAUUUCAAUAAAACAUAUCUUUGUCACUUUCUCUAAGGCUAACUCAAUUAUAACAUUCAGAACUGGCAAGGCUGUCAUUGAGGCCCUACCUCGGGACAGAUGCUGAGGGAGGGAGCAGUGGGAGCAGUUCCCUGACAUUUUCUUCAGGCAGACCUUUGGGGUGGGCUAGAUUUUAACAUCAUUGCUUUUAGAUUUUAAUGUUAUUGUAUUG